AUACUCAGAUAGUCAGGGGUUGCGAGGGUGUCGUGCGGCGGAGGACGAACCAGGAAUAGGGACGACCGCGGAAACACAGUAGCGGACCGACUGACGCUGCAGUCGUGGUCGGUACGUAAUGUGAAUAUAAGGAGUUCCCCUGUGCAGAGCCACGGGUAUUAAGCGUUCAAUACGGAAACGGCUUGUCGUUCACACUGUCGUUUGAGUGACCGGGGACGAGCCGCGACAGGUACAAAAAAGCAGCGAAUUAUUAAACAAACAAACGGUCCAGAAAAACCGAGUGAGCCGAGGACCGGGAGACGUUAUCGAAAUUAUCGACGGAACAGAGGGGAGUUGGUCCUCGCGGACUUGCCUGGAUGUGUAGCAGUGAUGCCUGGCAGUCUUACCAGUGGGGGAAAUCAUGAUCAGUGAAAUUGUAAUUGUGCAGCAUCCUGUGUCUGUGUCUGUUCCCCGAAAUUACACUGUUACUCUGAGUGUUCGGGCAGUUGGCUCAGGUACCCUACGAUACCAGUGGUUCCAGUCAGACCAGACAGAGGUCCAAGGUGCGACAGAACCAGAUUUUGUCUUCAGUGCACAAAAUACACAAUUGUAUGUAUGCCGAGUGAAUGACCAGCACAAUAACUGCAUAUUCAGUGAAUGGGUGAAAGUGAAAGUCUACGAUGCUGGAACAGUAUCUCUCCUGGAGGCAUGGCGAGGAGAGCCCUACAUUGUGGUGAACCCCUUGUCCCAGGCAGUGCAGUUGGGGCAGUCUGUCCAGCUGCGGUGUACUGCCUUUGGAAUUCCAGCCCCACACUAUCAGUGGUACCAGAAUGGGAACCCCCUGCAGGGGAAGACAAAAGAAAUACUGCAGAUUGAAAAUGCAAAUAAAGACCAUGAAGGGGCAUACCUUUGUGCAGUCUCCAAUGUACUGGAGGAGAAGUGGACAGAGGCAGCUGAGGUUAGCAUAGUGCUUCCGGACAAACCCACAAUAAAGUGCCUCACGGCAACAGACAAAGUGGCUCUGUUGAUUGGCAACCUGAAUUAUUCCCACUUCCCAAACCUGAUGGCCCCUGUUAUGGAUGUGCAUGAGCUGGCCAGUCGCCUGCAGCAGCUCGACUUCCGGGUGGUCUCCCUACUGGACCUCACCAAGGCUGAGAUGCUGGCUGCCAUCAGCAAGUUCCUGCAGCUCCUAAACAGGGGCGUGUAUGCUCUGUUUUACUACGCUGGCCAUGGAUAUGAGUGCUCUGGGAGGAACUACCUUGUUCCCAUUGACGCACCGCAGCCAUACUUGCCUCAGAACUGCGUGAACGUGCAGAGGGUCAUGCACAGCAUGCAGGAGAAACGCACUGCUCUCAAUGUGGUCCUGCUCGACACCUGCAGGAAGUGGUACAAUCAGCACUACGCGCCUUCCCAGAUUAGGUCCUUGGCUCCUUUGGGUAACACAGUGUACGGCUAUGCCACGUGCGAAGAUGCAGAGGCCUUUGAGGUGCAGGAUGGGGAACGGAGCUCCAGCAUCUUCACCAAGUACCUGAACAGACACAUCCUGUGGCCCGAGAAAGUGACACGUGUGUUGGAGAGAGUGUCCGAGGAUCUGGGCAGAGAUCCGCUGGUAGCAGGAAAACAGGUGAUGGAGAUUAAACACACACUGAAGGAUUCCCGGGCUCUCACCGACCCGAUCAGGACAACAGGGCACACUGGAGAACUACACCUGAGAAAUGUGUGCUGGACACGAGCCAAUGAGCUGCCUCAGCGCCGUCUUCUCACCUUUUCCUGUGGGGCAGAAGUGGAGCUGAGCUUCUCAGCAAUGUUUUCCAAUGUGGUCAUUGUCUUCGCCACAGUGAGGACCAUGGGGCCCCAAGCCCUUGACUGCAGGGUCAGCCUAAGGAGCACACCUGUACUGAAAGAUAUUUUUUCAAAUAGCACUAGAGAAGACUGGGCGCAUGGCAUGGCAUCAUUGCUUUUAGGGACUGUUGAUGAUCCAGACUGUACACUGAGGCUCUGUGGACUGCAGAAACUCCAGGACCCCUUGGUCAUCACGGUGGAUUUGCAUUAUACAGAUGCUGGUCGCAAACUGCGGAUGUCUGAAGCCAGGAAGGAGAGCAUCGGAAAGCCGCUGGUAGCUCGCUGGGAGCUGCACAAGAUGACACGUGCUGAGGGAGCAGCGGGUCAGGAAGAUGUGCCUUUUCGGAGUGUGGACCAAAAGUCCCCCCCCAAACACCCCUCCUGCCAGUUGCUGGACGAGGCCCGUCGCCCGUCCACUCGAAAAGCAUUGAACACACGGCAGUGCACUGCCAAAGCCCCCUCUGGAUACGUAGCUAGCAGGAGAAAUGAACCAGAAGAAGUUGAUGAAGAUGACUUUUUACAAUGUAUGCAGCAAAAUUCCUCAUAACUUCAACAUUUCUAAUCAGUUUCUACUUUGGAUAUGUGAAAUCCUUUCCUUUCAGCACUACAAACAUCCCAUAGUCUAAACUGAUUGUGAUAUUACAUUAUACUCUCUUUGGGGAGAAUUUUACGGUUGGCACCUGUGGUGAAAAUGUUAUUUUGAUAGUGUUUCUCUUGCUGAAUUGACUGUAAAGUUUCUAAAUUAAUUGUUUAAUCAAUUGAUUUAUGUACUUAAUCACCAGUUAAGGAUUAAUCACAAAUUUACUUACAAAUUUUGUGUAGUCCUGCUCAGGACAAGUAAUUAUUGAAAGUGGGUGGGUGGAUGGAUGGAUGGAUUGAUUUUGUGUAUCUCUGCCAUGUAUUCUACUACUAAAACUUAAGUUGGAACCAAUAAUUUUGCAGCUUGUUCCAGUACAUAAGGUAGCACAGAUAUAAAUCUCUUCCAUUAAACAUUCAAUUUGGGCUUUCAGAGGUACUUUGUUAGUUUGUACAGUAUUCAUUUACACAAGAGCACGUGUUGUGAAUGAGCGUGAAAUGGUAUCUCACGUUUUUUUUUUGUGUCUUUUCAAAGGUGAUUGAAACAUUGUAAACAAUUAUCUGAUUAGUGUUUGUAAGACUUCAUAAAGGCACAAACGCAAAAAUGCACAGAACUCCUUGCACUCAGUUCACCCCCUCACACCAUGACCAGGUUCGCUUCAAUACUGCUAUAAAUAUUCAGUACCGAAUAAUAAAACCUUGGGUGCUUUCCCUGUGGGCGGCACCAGCUGUUGCUUUGAAUUUUUUGUUUUAUGGCGGUUUUGGACUCAUGAGUUUGCAACGCGUCUCUAAUAAAUUCUUA